AAACUGGCUUUAAAUAAGUGCUGGGAGUGAGAAGUUUUACACAGUUUCAUUUGGAUUCUACUCAGGAACUACUGACGGUAGUAACGGCGUACCACGAACCGGCCAUCGCCUUGAACAGUAUCCAUUUGGACAAGACAAUCAGAACCAUGUGUGGGAUCUUUGCCUACCUGAAUUACUGUGUGCCUCGCACCAGAAAGGAGGUAUUUGAGACGCUGGUGAAGGGACUGCGAAGGCUGGAGUACAGAGGCUAUGAUUCAGCAGGCAUCGCUGUGGACGGCGACAAGAAGACAACGACAGAAGACAACAGCAAAAUUGUUCUCAUCAAGAAGAAAGGCAAAGUGAAGGCCCUGGAUGAAGAGCUCUACAAGAAAGACUGCAUGGAUCUGGAGGUGGAGUUGGACACACACUUUGGCAUUGCUCACACACGCUGGGCCACACACGGUGAACCCAGUGCCCUCAACAGCCAUCCCCAGCGCUCCGACAAGAACAACGCGUUUGUUGUCAUCCACAAUGGCAUCAUCACCAACUACAAAGAGUUAAAGAAGUACCUGAUCUCCAAGGGCUACGAGUUUGAGUCCGAGACGGACACAGAGGUCAUCCCUAAACUGAUCAAAUAUGUUUACGACAACCGGGAGAAAGACGACUUGUCCUUCUCUACGCUGGUGGAGAGGGUCAUUCAACAGCUGGAGGGGGCCUUCGCCCUGGUGUUCAAAAGCCAUUAUUACCCCGGAGAGGCUGUAGCCACCAGGAGAGGAAGUCCUCUUCUCAUUGGUGUGCGGAGCAAGUAUGAGCUUUCCGCAGAGCACAUCCCGAUCCAGUACAACAGUGCACCAUACUACUCUGUCCUGAGGGACUGUGCAGUCACCCCAGUGUCUACAGAGCGACAGGGGGCUGCUGAGCCCAUAGGUCUGUUCAAGGAGGGGGUCCAGGAUAAGAACAGCCACAACCGGCCAGACAAGCCAGACAACUCCACUGCUGUGAAUUCAGCUGGAGACGGCAAGGCUGUAGAGUACUACUUUGCCUCCGACGCCAGUGCCAUCAUAGAGCACACCAACAAGGUGAUCUACCUGGAGGAUGAUGACAUUGCAGCAGUGGUCGGGGGCAAGUUGUCCCUCCAUAGGCUGAACAGCCUGGCUGGGGAGAAUCCAGUCCGGGCAAUCCAGACCCUCCAGAUGGAACUACAGGAGAUUAUGAAAGGUAACUUUGAGGCAUUUAUGCAAAAGGAGAUCUUUGAGCAGCCAGAGUCUGUCUUCAACACCAUGAGGGGACGGAUCUGUUUUCACACCAACAAAGUGAUCCUGGGAGGGCUGAAGGACCACCUGAAGGAGAUCAAACGCUGCAGACGCCUCAUCGUGAUUGGCUGUGGAACCAGCUUCCACGCUGCCGUGGCUACCAGACAGAUUCUGGAGGAGCUGACAGAGCUUCCUGUCAUGGUGGAACUGGCUAGUGACUUCCUGGACCGCAACACACCCGUCUUCAGAGAUGACGUCUGCUUCUACAUCAGCCAAUCAGGUGAGACAGCAGACACUCUGAUGGCUCUGAGGUACUGUAAGGAUAGAGGAGCUCUGACCGUGGGGGUCACCAACACAGUGGGCUCCUCCAUCUCCAGAGACACAGACUGUGGGGUGCAUAUCAACGCUGGCCCAGAGAUCGGUGUGGCCAGCACCAAGGCCUACACCAGCCAGUUUGUGGCUCUCAUCAUGUUUGGUCUGAUGAUGAGUGAGGACAGGAUCUCCCUGCAGCCAAGGAGGCUGGAGAUCAUCAAUGGACUUAGGAUUCUCCCAGACAUGAUCAAGAAGGUUCUGACUCUGGAUAAUAAGAUCAAGUCCAUAGCAGAUGAGCUGUAUCAGCAGAAGUCUCUGCUGGUCAUGGGACGAGGCUUCAACUACGCCACCUGUCUGGAGGGGGCACUGAAAAUCAAGGAAAUCACAUACAUGCAUUCAGAGGGCAUCCUGGCUGGGGAGCUGAAGCACGGCCCUCUGGCUCUGAUUGACAAGCACAUGCCCGUCAUCAUGAUCAUCAUGAAAGACGCCUGCUACACCAAGUGUCAGAACGCACUGCAGCAGGUCACAGCCAGAUCGGGGCGGCCGAUUAUCCUGUGCUGCCAGGACGACCAGGAAAUGUCAAAAAAUGCGUAUAGGACCAUUGAGCUGCCUCACACAGUGGACUGUCUCCAGGGCAUCCUCAGUGUCAUCCCUCUGCAGCUCCUGUCCUUCCACCUGGCCGUGCUACGGGGAUAUGACGUGGACUGUCCCAGGAACCUGGCCAAGUCUGUCACUGUGGAGUAACAGCAGACAGACAGACAGGAGGCAGACAGGACAGGAGGCAGUAGAGACCUUAACACUCUGCUCAAGAGAGACACUGAGUGGAGGCUUACACAUAAAAGUGCAAUUGUGUGUGUGUGUGUGUGUGUGUGUGUGUGUGUGUGUGUGUGUGUGUGUGUGUGUGUGUGUGUGUGUGUGUGUGUGUGUGUGUGUGUGUGU